AUGAACCCGUUAUGCUGCAUCGCGCCGGUCUCGCUCGAGCACGCUGCGGACCAGCUCCACGAGCACCCGACGCGCAUCCUCGCCGGUGCCCCGCCGCCGACGCCGGCCCCCCAGCAGGAUGCGGUCGCGGGGGUGCUGCACAAGUGGGUCAACUACGGGAAGGGGUGGCGGUCGCGGUGGUUCGUGCUAGAGGAUGGGGUGCUAUCCUACUACAAGCUUCGAGGCCUCGGAGGGGCAGGCGGAGCUGGUGCUGGGGAGGUGGCCGCGUCGUCCGCUGCUGCUGCAGCCAGAGUGAUCGGGGACGGGAGUGCGCUGCAGCAGGCGCAGGAGGUGGCCUCGGGGGCAGGAAAGCUGUGGAAGCCAUUCGGCGAGAUACACCUCAAGGUCUCAUCUAUUCGUGCAAGCAAGUCUGAUGAUAAGAGGCUGUACAUAUUCAGUGGAACGAAGACUCUACACUUGAGGUGUGAAACUGAGGAAGAUAGGAAUGCGUGGAUAGAUGCAUUGCUGGCAGCGAAGGAUCAGUUCCCACGGUCACUGACUAGCAAUGAUCUUGGUCCCAUGGCAGACAUUAUGUUGACCUCUGAGAAGCUUAGGGCACGGCUGCUGCAGGAGGGUCUGAGUGAAGCAGUGGUCAGGGAGUGUGAGUCUAUCAUGAUGAGUGAGCUGCUGGAACUGCACAAGCAGAUAAAGUCUCAGCAGCAGCAGCAUUCUAUUUUGAUAGACCGCCUCCGGCAACUGGAGACAGAGAAAGUUGAGCUGGAGAGAACAGUUGUCCAUGAGACUAAGGAGAGGGAAACACUUGGCUAUGCUAACAGAAGACAAAGUGAUUUCUAUUCAGUUUUAUCAGGAGGAAGUACAACUGAAUCAGACCCUGACACUGCAAGCCACGUGGCUGAAGUUGAAACUGAAGAAGAUGAAGUUACAUACUUUGAUACAAGAGACUUUUUAUGUGCAGAGUCUUUACGGAGUGCUUCAUGUCAAAGGAGGGAACUAACUGCACAAGGUUUUGGAUCAGAAUAUGUUGGAGUUUCUGUUACAAAUAGUGUCAAAACUACUAAAUAUCCCUUUGUGCUACGUAGGGAUAAGCUACCGGAGCCUAAGGAAAAAGAGAAGCAUAUAGGAUUAUGGUCAAUAAUUAGAGAAAAUAUAGGGAAAGACCUCUCAGGUGUUUGUCUACCUGUUUAUUUCAAUGAGCCUCUUUCUUCUUUACAAAAAUGUUUUGAAGAUUUGGAGUACUCUUACUUGGUUGACCAUGCACUACACUGGGGAAAACAGGGUGACAGCUUAAUGAGGAUACUUCAUGUAGCAGCGUUUGCAGUAUCAGGUUAUGCUUCAACCGAAGGUCGGCAAUGCAAACCCUUCAAUCCCCUACUGGGGGAAACAUAUGAAGCUGACUAUCCGGAUAAAGGACUUCGUUUUUUCUCUGAAAAGGUCAGUCAUCACCCAAUGGUUGUUGCAUGCCACUGUGACGGUAGAGGUUGGAGAUUCUGGGGUGAUUCCAAUCUGAGAGGGAAGUUCUGGGGUCGAUCCAUUCAGCUUGACCCAAUAGGCGUUCUUACCCUCCAAUUUGAUGAUGGAGAAACAUUUCAGUGGAGUAAAGUGACUACUUCCAUUUACAAUAUCAUAAUUGGCAAAAUUUACUGUGACCAUUAUGGCACAAUGCGCAUCAAUGGAAGUGGCCAGUACUCCUGCAAGCUUAAAUUUAAAGAACAGUCAAUUAUAGAUCGCAAUCCACACCAGGUGCAUGGAUUUGUGCAAGAUAAUAGAACAGGGCAAAAAGUAGCUAUGUUAAUUGGAAAAUGGGAUGAAGCUAUGUAUUAUGUCCUUGGGGAUCCAAGUGUUAAACCCAAGGGGUAUGACCCAAUGUCAGAAGCAGUUCUUUUAUGGGAGAGAGACAAGUCUCUUAAUCAGACACGUUACAAUCUUUCUCCUUUUGCAAUUUCUCUAAAUGAAUUGACACCACAUUUGUUGAACAAGUUGGCUCCUACUGAUUCUCGUUUGAGACCAGACCAAAGGCAUCUGGAAAAUGGUGAAUAUGAGAUGGCAAAUGCAGAGAAACUUAGGCUUGAACAACUGCAACGGCAGGCUCGACAACUGCAAGAAAAAGGAUGGAGACCAAGGUGGUUUAAGAAGGAUGAUGACGACAGUUACCGCUACAUGGGUGGAUACUGGGAAGCGAGGGAGAAGGGGAACUGGGACAGUAUUCCGGACAUCUUUGGCCAGAAUAGUUUGUCUCCAUGGCUGCACUAA